UUGGUAUUUUUUACACUACUUCAUCGUUUCUUAAUAGUGGAAACUACAUUACGUGAAAAUCUCUUUAAGGUUUUAUGGUGUAGGAAGGAAGAAUUUAUUGUCAUCGUACGAACAGAGGCGACGACGAUACUUGGGCAAUUCCAUUCUGUAUCUGAUGCAUUCCUCGAUCAAACUCUUGACAAAAAGAUGAUGAAAACUGUAGAGGUAAGGUUUUUUUAUGAGGACCUUGUAUCUGUUAAUACGAAGAAGGCGGUAUAUAUUAGGAUGCGACUGGCCGUGAACAAAUCUUCACGUACUGAGUGGUCAUCUGGAAAGGAGCUUAAUGCGCCUUGUCCACCUAGUGGACUGGCUACAUCCUCAGACGAUGACCCUGAAAGCAUUGUUCCUCGUGGCGCAUGUGGCGCCUUUGUUUCUGCUUUGGAAGACGAAUUUAUGUCCGUUCGACGGGCGGCGGUGUAUUCUUUGGGGCAGCUUGCAGCCACUAGACCGGCUUUUGCUACAACGGCUCUCGAUCAUCUCGCAGAUAUGUUCAACGACGAAAUCGCGGAAGUGCGCCUGGAUGCUAUUGCUGCAUUGACUCCAUUAAUAGUCCACGGAGAGUUGCAGAAAGAACAACUUGAAACAGUACUAAAGUGUCUGGAUGAUGCUGUCGUCGAUUCACGACAAGCUCUACGCCAACUUUUAUCCAAAGCAGAGUUUGCCGACGCCGAAUGCAUGAGACUCUGCUCAAGAGCGCUGCUGAAUUGUCUUCAUCGCUUUCCCAGCGAUAAAAACCACAUCUACAGCUGCUUAAGUGAGGUUGGUGCACGACAUGCUGUCUUUGUCCACAGUAUGGUGCGAGAACUACUUGGGCUUCAUCUUGUUUACGAUACGAGGGAGCAACAGAUAGAUGAUGAAUUUUAUAUCGCGAAACUGAUUCUGGUGCUGAAUGCGGCGUCAAAUUAUGAGCCGAUUGUUUCGCUAUUGCCAGAGUGUGUUCUGAAGCAUUAUCGUUUCCUUCGUGCUGCUGCGCCUGAACUUGUAGCACCAAUAAGAAUAGGAAUGCACUUCGAAGAUAUAUUGUGGAGUAGGAGCAGUGUUUUACUAAAUAUUAUAGUUUCUACGUAUCGUUUUCACUUUACGACGAUUUCUGUUAUUUUAUUCGUUUUUUCUUUAAGAGAUGCAAACGCGAUUAGUGCAUUCAAUGAGCCACUGGCGAGUGCUGCACGUUUCAUUGCAAGUCUGUGCCAGAUAAGUUCUGCUUUGGAAUCGUUGACGCAAGUGGUUUUACGCGGUAGUGGGGAUGUUGCCGAAGCGUCGAAUAUAAUUCGUCAAGUAUGUAACACUUUUUAA